CCCCCUCCCCCCCCCCCCCCCCCCCCGGACCUUCCUGCAGGUGGUGCGGUCCACUGGGAGGUACCAAACCCGGGGUUUGGUUCCACAGCCAGACUUUGUUUCUGUGAAUUGUAUUAAAGGUUUGUUCCUUGAAGAGAAAUGGCAGCUCAGGUUGGAAAUGAAUUUCACUGAAUAAAAAGAUUUGAUCCACUGUUCAGCGUCACUUCAUGGUUUUAGAUUUUAGUCCACUGGUCCAAAUAUUCUAAAUAUUUAUAGAAAAAGUCUCCAUUGUUUACUCUCUGAAUUAUCAGUAAAGUAUGUUUUAUAAAAUAAAAUGUGUUUUAAAUUAAUCCUUUUAAACCAAAUUUUCCUUCACUGUUUUCUCUGAACUAAAAUCUCUGAUUUUCUCCGUGAGGUUUGGUCGUCUUCACACCUUCAUUCUUUCUUCUCACCGUCUGACCUUUGACCUCAUGUUUAACCCAUUAGUUGAAGGAUCUAGACACCGGUUGAUCCAACAGAACCAGUGACUGUGAUGUCAUCAGUGAUGUCAUACUUCCAUUUAUUUAUGAGAAAAUUCAAGGUUUUUCUCUGAAAAUGAAGAAAAACAAAAGUGAAACUUUUUUCCAGAUUCUGUUUUCCCAACAGACGUGGGGAGUGAUGACGUCACGGGGGCGUGGGGGGAGAACAGAGGGAGAGAGAGAGAGAUGAAAUUCUUCACUUAUGAGAGAACUCCACUCCUCCUCCUUCUCCUCCUCCUCGUCCGUCUCUCUGCUCCUCAGUCAAACUGCAGCUGCUCUCAGAUCAGGAGAACGUGAACCAAGCAGCCGAGACGCUGGCCCCUGCUGGUCAGACGUUGACAUUGUUUUCACCGACUCAAAGGUUCAGCUCUCACGAAGCCAUGCCCUCCGUAAGCCCCGCCCUCUUCCUGCUCCUCCAUCUAAUUAGCCACGUCGACCCGGCCCUUUCAACCUCACAGGAAGUCCAGGUCAAAGGUCGCAGGACACCAAGGGACACCAGAGAGGACACGAUCAAGGUGAUCGUCUCCGACAUCUCCAACAGUUCUGACGUCAGAGGAGGUAAAGAACUGGACCUGGUCCCUGGUUCUUCUCUCUUCCUGACUCAUCAGAUCAAACUGGUUCCAUCAAGUCCAGGUCCAGGUCCAGGUCCAGGUCCGGGAACCUGUGGCUGUGAAUCCGACUUCACGGUUCUGCUGGAACGACUAGAGCGUCUGGAGAAGGAGGUGUCGACCAUCAGGGGGCAGUGUGGAGGCAACUGCUGCUCUGGAGAGGAGAGCAGAGGCGCCGGCUGUUCCAACAAACCUGAGGAGGUCAAGUGUCCACACGAGUGCAGCCACCGGGGGCGCUGCGAGGACGGACUCUGCGUCUGUGACCCUGGAUUCACCGGUGCCAGCUGCUCUGAGGAGACGUGUCCAGGGAACUGCAGUGACAGGGGGCGCUGUGUGGCCGGAGUUUGUGUCUGUGACCGCGGCUUCACCGGCGUGGACUGCUCUGAAAAAGUCUGCCCCAGAAACUGUACCAACAGGGGGCGCUGUGUCAAAGGACAGUGCGUCUGUGGCCCAGAAUUCAGCGGAGCCGACUGCUCCAAGAAAACGUGUCCCAAAAAGUGCAGCGGUCGCGGCAGGUGCGUCAGCGCUGGUAAAUGUGUCUGUGACCGUGGCUUCACCGGACCGGACUGCUCUGACAAGGCCUGUCCCAAGAACUGCAACAACAGGGGGCGCUGUGUUCACGGUGCGUGUAUCUGUGCGGAUGGUUUCGGCGGCCCAGACUGUUUGGACAGAACGUGUCCGAACAACUGCAGCGGUCGCGGCGCGUGCGUCGGCGGCCGCUGCGUCUGCGGCGACGACUUCUUCGGCAACGAUUGCUCAGAAAAAAGCUGCCCUGGUGACUGCAGCAGCAGGGGGCGCUGCGUGGACGGCCAGUGCGUCUGCGGCGACGGCUUUGGUGGAGAGGACUGCUCUGAGACAACGUGUCCUGGUGACUGCAGCAGCAGGGGGCGCUGCGUGGACGGCCAGUGCGUCUGUGACGGUGGCUUCACGGGUGCGGACUGUUCCACCCACGUCUGUCCAAACGACUGUAAAGACAGGGGGCGCUGCAUCAAAGGCAGGUGCGUCUGCCGGUCUGGAUUCACUGGACUGGACUGCAGCCGGUGUGUGGACGGCAGGACAGGACCCCACUGUGACACAGUCAUGGUAGGCGUCUCUCAGUUGAAGACUCAGGACAUCUCAGAGACCUCUGCCACUCUGGUCUGGACUCCACCCCCCCUUCACUAUGACACCUACCUCAUCACCUUCAACAGCCAGCAGGACAGUGAGCAGCAGCUGAGCUCUCGGGUGGAAGGAACUCGGACCAGCUUCACUCAGACCGGACUAUCAGGAGGCCAGCGGUACAGCGCCACCAUCAGUGGAGAGAUCGAGGGGCGCAGAGGAGCUGAGAGUUCCACUGAUUUCUACACCUCCAUCUCACCUCCGUCCAACCUCCACGUGGUCAAAACCACCUCAACCACCGCUGUCGCCCAGUGGGAGGAGUCCCAGGGUGAGAUUGACAGGUACCGUUUGACUGUCACUCCUAAUGACGGAACUGGGCAGAGUCAGAAUAUAACGGUCCCAGCCGGUCAAAACUCCGCCCACAUCAGGCAGCUGGAGGCGGGGCAUAUGUAUGACAUCAUCCUUGUCGCAGAGAAGGAUGACGAGAAGAGCGAAGCUGCGUCGUCACAAACUGUUCCUGGAGUGACACAUCCGUGGCGUAGCUCGGCACCUUUGACUCUGCAGGUCACGCUCCGGUCUGAAGGACGAGGUCACGACACGAAGAACCCAGAAUUUACACCAUCACAAGUGGAGGAGGAGGGAGGGGCCAAGAAAGGGGCUGCUACUGUGGAUGUUGGAGGAGCCCCCAGAGACCCCUCCGCCUCUGUGAUAACAAAACGUAAACCCUUGGUCAGUCGGACCCCGGUCAGGAACCUCAGCCGACCCACACAUCCUGAAAGACUCACGCUGCUCAGGAGACCAAAAGUUCCAGGUUCUGUCCUUGUUAACAAAACUAGAUUUGUAGCAGGAGAGAAAAGGGUUCUUCCCCCCUCUGCUGAGAAAAAGAAGAAGCCCAUAGUUCCAAAAGUCCCCGGACCAGCUGCCUCCAGACUAGAAAACAAAGAUUUGGUAGGACCUCCAACUGUAGGUUCCAGCAAAGACGCUGACCGUAACGUUGAGCCGAUGACAUCAGAAGUACAAAGACAAGUCUCAAAGAAGGAACCAGAAGUUGGUACGGCACGACAUGGAGGUUUCCCUGGUCCAUCGCCAACAGUACCAACUGGUACUAACCCACAGGUGGAGAAGAAAUGCCUGAACAAAGUUAAGGUGACGCAUUCCUCCAGAUUCAAGAACCGAGGCAGCGGGUGCAGCAGGGACGGAACGCUUCAAGCAGGGAACUCCCUGGGUUCAGAUCCAGAUCCAGGUUCUACCGGAACUGACGGACCACAGCCUUCUGCACCGAGAGACCUGGACCUUUCCCCUGAUCUUUUCCCCAAACUCUUGACCGACACCUAUCACAAACUGAACGUCACAACGUUUUCAGUUCACCUGUCGAAACCGUCGAAGCUUCCUGUCGAGGCAGACACGGCAUGGAAGACGGUGUUAACCGGACUGAAACCUCUGUCCUCAUUCUCAUCAUCAUCAUCCUCCUCUUCAUCUUCAUCCACAUUAAACUCUCCUUCUUCUUCUUCUUCUUCUUCUUCUUCUUCUUCUUCCUCAUCAGUCUUACGAACACCAAAGUCACCUCCGUCCUCCUCCACCUCACAGUCGUCCGAUCGACCCUCGAGGUCUCACAGUCCCACAUCCUCAUCUUCAUCCACGUUAAACUCUCUUUCUUCUUCUCCGUCCUCAUCAGUGUCGACGCCGCGGUUGUCCUCGCUGGUCUCACGCUCCUCCAUUUCACCUUCUUCUGACUCUGACUCUUCGUCACCUUCCAAAGGAUCUGAACCUUCUGCUAGCCUAACCUUCUCAGAGUCAUCCUCGUCUUCACUGAUCUCACAACCGUCACACUCUCGCUCGUCUUCGUUCUCGUCUUCCUCAUCAGUCUCACGACCAUCUUCUAACUUCUUGUCCCAGGAGUCAUCUCCUGGCUCACUCAGCUCACAUUUAUCAUCUCCCUCCUUCACAGUCCCGAAGCCUUUGUCUCCCCCGGCGACUUCACGCUCACCUCUGACCUCACCCACCUCACAGUCCUCAAACUCUCAGUCUUCAUUGUCUUCAUCCUUCUCACGUCUGCCGUCGAUCUCUACGUCUUCACUUCCAUCAGACGCAGACCCAACCCCACAUCCGUCCACCCUUUCGUCUUUGUCGACUCUAACCCCACCUUCAUCUGUGUCUACAGCUACAACACCAUCAUCUAAAUCUCCUCCAUCUUCAUCGUCCUCUUCCAGCUUAGCCGAAUCUGAUUCACUUGAUUCCCGCAAACGUGACGUGGGGUCACCAGACCAGAGACAGGAAGUACCCUCCACAGGAAAAGGCAGAAGACCACUUCCCCAACAAGCACCUCCAAAGCGUGGCUUUGUACGUCGUCCUCACCCAAAUUUAGGUUUGUACAGAAAUAGGACUUUAAGACGUCCUCACCCUCUCCCUGCUCCUCACACCAACACCAUCCCUGGUGGAGAAACAGAAACCAGACACAGUCCUGUGAAUGAACCAGAGUCCCACCCUGUUGUGGGUCCGGGUCUCCAUGAGGACCAGGCAGCUCCAGCUGCACCAAACCAGAAUAAAGUGCAGACAGAAAGAGGACGAAUCCCAUCUCGACAACCGUUUCCAAAGGAUGGAUAUGUUCGCAAGGCAUUUCCAAACCUAGGGUCUUUCCCGAACAGAACUCGUAUUACUUCGAGGCCUUUGACUCGUCCACCCAGGCCGGUACUUCCGAGGCCUGAGGUGCAGACAAACCAGAUUUCUUCUACUGAAGAACCGGCUCCAUCAUCAACACCUCCUGUUGUCCAGGAAUCCUUUUUGUUUCAAGAUAAACCAGGACUAAGAGAAGAUACUUUCAUGAAAGACUCGUCUGUGUCCCACAACGUAAGUCAGACUCUUGAAGCUACGAGAGCUCCGUCUCAUCAUCGUCUGUCCACCAAAAUUAAGAAUAUCCCACGUCUUCGACCGUCUAGUCGACGUGCUCAAAAUGGAGACCGUUUGAACGCGCAGGGACCUCCGUAUCCACAUGGGGGAUUUGUCCGCAGACCUUCACCCAUCAGAAAACUAAAUGAGGGAACUAAAAGUCCGACAGGUCAACAGGAAAGGGAGAGUACCGCUAAAAGUCGUGGGGUUCUAAGAUCUAACCCAACAGACUUGACUGAUCCAGAGAGUUCUUCUGUAGGACCACAGACCACCCUCAGUCCACAGGGUGAUCAGUUAAAGAAUGUUCCUGUCCAAACCACUGAAGCUGAAGGAGAAGAAUCCAGAACCACCGUUUCCCCCGUGGCCUCAGAAACCCAACGUAACAAAGGUGAAAACCUGGUACCGAAACAUCAACAGAGAUCAAUGGUCCAACAAACCUCCUCUGAUUCACGGCUCUUAAGACCGGCCUCACUCCCAAAGAGACCGUAUGAACCCAGGAACCUCUCAGGAAGUCAACACAGCCAAAUUAGGAAGUACAUCAGCUGGAACCAAAGGGGGCAGGGUCCAAAACCAGAGCGUUUUUCUGCUCCGACUGGGAAACUCAGAGGUGCUGCUUUCAAACCUGUGAUCAGAUCAAACGGGUCCAAUCCAGACCAUGUAAACCAGACCGCAGGUGGACACAAACCCAUAAGGAAGUCACCACCGGGAGGGUACCCAAAAGUUACAAGAAAAGAAGCUCAAGAAGAAGAAAGACCAACGCAGAAGGAACAUCUGAAAGAUCUAGAAAAAGUAGACUCUGAGGAGCAGGACAGACAACGGCCUGCAGGGGGAGAGGAGUCUGAAGGUAGGACUCCUAAAGAUAAAAACAGAACAUCUGAAAGUCCAGCAACACAGGAUCGUAAAACAACAACCGGUCAACAAAAACCUUCCUUCAGAGAACCACCUCCUGGUGCUCCACUCCCCGUGGAGGAGGACUCACCUCGGCCUCGACCUCGACCUCGGCCUGAGUACGCUGUGACCUUUCUUGGAAAUGGUCCUGGUCUUCUGUCCAGACUACACAAGCUGGUCAUCAGUACAGGUCCAGAACCUCCAACUAACAUUUUCUUCAGUGAGCUGACGGAGAACUCGGUGACCGUGUCCUGGACCAAACCAAAGAGUCGAGUCAACGGGUUCAAAGUCACCUACACCAACACCCGUGACGGGGAACCGGUGUCGGUGUCCCUGGACUCCGUGGAUUCGUCCGUCGGCCUUUCACAGCUGUCUCCGGGUUCAACCUACGAGGUCAGCAUCGUGUCCACCCUGGGGACGGAAGAGAGCGACCCAGUCAACCAUCUGGUGAAGACACUCCCGGACCCUCCCACCAACCUCCGCGUUGUGAAUGUCACCAACUCUGGAGCGCUGUUGUUGUGGCGUCCAGGGCUAGCUGCCGCUGAUCAGUACACCAUCGUUUAUGGGUCAGGUCCAGGAUCAGAGCUGAGGAUCCAAGUGUCUGGAACCACAGUGGAGCAGCAGCUGAGUGACCUCCAGGACUCCACCACCUACACCGUCACCAUCACCAGCCAGCAGUCCAGCCGACACAGCUCUGCUGCCGGCACCAGCUUCACCACCAGCUCGGCGAGUGACGCUGCAGGUCCGCGAGACUUCCAGGCCAGUCAUGUGACCCCACGUGCCGCGCUGUUGUCAUGGAAACCGCCCACAAAACCUGCAGCAGGCUACAGGCUGACCUAUCAGACUGAAGGUCACGACAGGAAGGAAGUAAAGUUAAAUUCCUCAGUGACUGAGUUCAACCUGACCCGACUUCAUUCUGGAUCCAGGUACACGGUCCAGCUUCAGGCAGAGUCAGAAGGAAGAUACGGCGCCACCAUUUCCACAGAGUUCACCACUGGCUCCCUGAGGUUCCCCUUCCCCAGUGACUGUUCUCAGGAACUGUUGAACGGCUUCACCAAGUCAGGAGAGAUGGACAUUUUCCCUCAGGGCAGACAGGGGGCGCUGUUGACUGUUUACUGUGACAUGGAGACAGAUGGAGGAGGAUGGACGGUGUUCCAGAGGAGGCGUGACGGCUCGGUGAACUUCUUCCGAGGGUGGAGCGACUACGUCGGAGGUUUCGGAGAUCUGAGCGGAGAGUUCUGGCUCGGUCUGGAGAGUCUUCACAACCUGACGUCAGCCGCCAGGAUGAGUCUACGCGUCGACCUGAGGGUCGGGGACCAGCGGGCGUACGCCGAGUACUCCAAGUUCGAGGUGUCCAGGAGGUUCUACAGGCUGACGGUGGGGGGGUACAGUGGCACCGCAGGUGACUCGUUGAGUUACCAUAACAACCGCGCCUUCUCCACCAAAGACCGCGACCGCUCCUCGCUCAUCACCCGCUGUGCCAUGUCGUACCGAGGGGGCUGGUGGUACAGGAACUGUCACGAGGCCAAUCUGAACGGACUGUACGGCGUCCACCUCCAACACAAGGUAACGCCCCCUGAUGAUGUCACACCUGAGGGCUGAUGGGGCAUUUUGACAAAAAGUAGGUUCUAGUGGUGACAACAGCCCCCUGCUGGGGGAGUG